AGUUGGACAACGGCAAAUCCUUGAACAUCUUGGCUUCAGCAUGAUCGAUAUCAACCUUCUACGAGUGGACAAGGGUGGGAACCCCGACGUUGUUCGUGAAUCGCAACGUAAGCGUGGAGGUGGCGCGAAGGUCGCUCUUGUGGACGAAGUAAUUGCGUUGGACGAUGAUUGGAAGAAGGCCCGAUUCCAAGCCGAUGAGGUAAACCGCAAAAUCAACGCAAUUGGUAAUGAGAUCAAAAACUUGGCAAAGGCAAAGAAGAAAGACACACCAGAGUGGGAUCAGCUUCAAAAGCGAAAAGCAGAGGCAGAACUGGAAAAGGUUGAAGCGAACCGUAUUUCUGACGAUAAAGAGAAAAUCCUGCAUCAGAAGCUUGGCUUGAUCGGUAACCUGGUCCAUGACAGCGUGAUUGACUCAUCCGAUGAAAGAAACAACGGGUUGAUAAAAUCGUGGUGGCCCGAGGGACGAACGGAAAAUGCCGAGAUAGAGAAAAGGAAAGCUUUGGGAGGGAAAGACGCAAAAGGUGUCCCUGGACUGUACAGUCAUCAUGAAGUCCUGGAACGCAUCGCUGGCUACGACUCACAACGAGGGACCAAUGUUGCUGGUCAUCGCGGUUACUUCCUGACCGGCCCCGGCGUUGAUCUCAAUCUCGCCCUCAUUCACUACGGAUUGGAUUUCCUUGAAAAACGUGGCUACACGAAGCUGUGGACUCCAUACUUUAUGAAAAAGGAUCUGAUGUCCAAAACUGCUCAACUCGAAGAGUUUGACGAAGCCUUGUACAAAGUUGGAGAGGGAUCUUCGCAAUCGGAGGUCGACGGUGACGAAAAGUACCUAAUUGCCACCAGCGAGCAACCGAUCAGUGCCUUCCAUGCUGGAGAGUGGUUCACAGAACCGGAAAAGGAAUUGCCCAAGAAGUAUGCUGGACAGUCCACAUGUUUCCGGAAAGAGGCGGGUGCACACGGAAGAGACACAUGGGGCAUCUUUAGAGUGCACCAGUUUGAAAAAGUGGAGCAAUUUGUAUUGACUGACCCAGAGAAGAGUUGGGAGAUGCAUGAAGAAAUGCUGGCUACCGCGGAAGAAUUCUAUCAGAGUCUCGGCCUACCUUACCAAGUGGUUUCCAUUGUGGCUGGAGCACUGAACAACGCUGCAGCGAAGAAGUACGAUCUGGAGGCGUGGUUCCCCUUUCAGAACGAAUAUAAGGAGCUCGUUUCAUGCAGCAACUGUACAGAUUAUCAAAGUCGCUGCCUGGAAAUUCGCGUGGGAGCCAAGAAAUUGAAUGACCAAACUAAGAAAUAUGUCCACUGUCUCAAUUGUACAUUGACUGCAACGGAAAGGACAAUCUGCUGUAUUUUGGAAAACUGGCAAACGGAAGAGGGUGUUGUUGUGCCACCUGUAUUGAGACAGUACAUGGGUGGUAAAGAGUUCUUCCCGUUUGUGAAAGAGCUGCCUGGAGGCAAAAAGGGAGGUAAAGGAGGCAAAGGUGCGGAUGAUUUGGCGAAAGGAGUCAACAAGAUGACGGUUUAAGUUUUAGAUUAGACGGUAGAUAAAUUGUAGUAUAGCUAUUCCCCCGCACUAUGGCGAAAGAUAUCAUGAGGAUUUGUAAUUUUCAGAGCCAAAGUUUCAGGGGAUGGAAAUGGGUUUCCUCAACUGCUCCUCAACACAACACCAUCCUGCAUGUAUUUAUAUUGUCUUUGCCAACUUCGGACAGUAGCUGAACGCCCUGUCCAGUUAGAUAUCCGGUGGGGCAGCACCGCCUCCAU